AUGGAGGCAGGAAACCACACAGAAGUAUCAGAAUUCCUUCUCCUGGGUCUCUCAGAGGAUCCUGAACUGCAGCCCCUGCUCUUUGGAGUGUUCCUGUCCAUGUACCUGGUCACCGUGCUUGGGAACCUGCUCAUCAUUCUGGCCAUCAGCUCUGACUCCCACCUCCACACCCCUAUGUACUUCUUCCUCUCCAACCUGUCCUUUGUAGACAUCUGCUUCAUUUCUACCACCACCCCAAAGAUGCUAGUGAACAUCCAGGAACAGAGCACAGACAUCUCCUAUGUAGGAUGCCUCACUCAGGUGUGUUUUUUCACAAUUUUUGCUGGAAUGGAUAAUUGCCUCCUGACUGUGAUGGCCUAUGACCGGUUUGUGGCAAUCUGCCACCCCCUGCACUACGUGGUAAUCAUGAACCCACGCCUUUGUGGCCUCCUGGUUCUGACAUCUUGGUUCAUCAUUUUAUCUGUCUCCUUGACUGAUAUUCUACUGAUGAUGCGGCUGACCUUCUGUUUAGGCACUGAAAUUCCACAUUUCUUCUGUGAACUGGUUCAGGUUCUCAAGGUGGCCUGCUCUGACACCCUCAUCAAUAACAUUUUCUUAUAUGUGGCCACUGCACUGCUGUGUGUGUUUCCUCUCACCGGGAUCAUCUUCUCUUACUCACAGAUUGUCUCCUCCAUAAUGAGGAUGUCCUCUACAGGAGGAAAAUACAAAGCAUUUUCCACCUGUGGGUCUCACCUCUCUGCAGUUACCUUGUUUUAUGGGACAGGCCUGGGGGUCUACUUUAGUUCUGCUGUGACCCAUUCUUCCCAGAGAAGCUCGAUUGCUUCAGUGAUGUACACUGUGGUCACCCCCAUGCUGAACCCCUUCAUCUACAGCCUGAGGAACAAGGAUGUGAAGGGGGCCCUGGAAAGGCUCCUCACCUGA